CCUAGCAGUGGAGAAAGCUGGUGCACAGGCUUGCAACGGAGCCCAUCGCAGUUUGACUGUUUGAGCAGCCCACCCCUCUCUGCAGUAUGCAUGUUCGCCAGGGAAUCCGCGAAGCGCUCACGUCCCAGCAGUGUGUUUCACCGGCCAGAGACCAUCUACUCAAGAGUCGAGGAUAAUAAAAUUGGAUGUGGCAGGCGGACCGGAGGCGGAAAGCCCGGAGUGACCGGAGGAAUACAGUAUUACUACAGGAAUACAGGCUGCCGCUCUCCUCUGAACGUGGACAAUCAUGCAUGUGCUCUUCUGGGGAUUGGGGUUCCUACUAUUCCCUGAUUUCUUGAAUGUGGUCGCAUCUACGGGGACAUUGUUUUUGAAUUCAAGCACAGUAAAAGAGGAGAUCGCCGCUUAUGAGAUUGUAACACCGGUGCGAGUGAAUGAAGCCGGUGACAAGUUUCCAACCAGUGUGCACUUCAAGAGGAAAAGACGAAGUUUGGACGAGAGCACCGGCAAUACUACGGAUCACUGGGCCUCGCCAAAUAUCCACUACAGAAUAUCUGCUUUCGGACAGAAUUAUCACCUCAACCUCACGCUGGAUUCGGGAUUUAUCGCACCUCUCUAUACUGUGACAGUACUUGGAGUACCCAGAGGAGAUAACAUAACGGAUUUUGCAACAGAUGGGGAGCUAGAGGAGGAGGAGGAGGAGGAGGACACGGAGUUAAGGCACUGCUUCUAUAAGGGACAUGUAAAUGCACAAGCAGAACAUGCCGCGGUCAUCAGUUUGUGCUCCGGACUGCUUGGCACUUUCAGGUCUCCAGAAGGGGAGUAUUUUGUGGAGCCCCUACACAGCUAUCAAGGGGAACACUAUGAAGAGGAACACACAAAACCUCAUGUUGUAUACAGGAAGAGUGCACCCAAGAAACAACAGACAUCUGGGGAAAACUCAGCUUGUGACACUUCAGGACACAAACAAAGACAUAAGAGACACAAGCUUAAGAGAAGACCGGUGGCUGGGGUGACCGCCGCGUCAAAUGCAGCCCCUGUGGUCAGUGCUGGUAUAUUCAAUGACGUGGAGUCACUGAGUGCUGGCCUGGCCAGCGAUGCUUUGCUCAGAUCAGAGAGCGGCGGUGCUAGCGCUAGACCAUCAAAUGAUAGCAGCGGUGACUCAGGACCUCACAGGAGAUCAAAGCGCUUCCUCUCCUACCCGCGCUUUGUUGAAGUCAUGCUGGUGGCCGACAGCAAAAUGGUGGAGCAUCACGGCAGCAACCUACAGCACUACAUACUCACAUUAAUGUCCAUAGUAUCUUCCAUCUACAAGGAUCCCAGCAUUGGCAACCUGAUUAACAUUGUGAUUGUAAAGUUAGUCAUAAUAAACAAUGAGCUGGAUGGUCCAGUCAUUUCAUUUAAUGCACAGACCACUUUAAAGAACUUCUGCAUCUGGCAGCAGAGCCAGAACAUCCUGGAUGAUAACCACCAUUCCCAUCAUGACACUGCCAUCCUAAUCACCAGGCAGGACAUCUGCAGAGCAAGGGAUAAGUGUGACACCUUAGGACUUGCAGAGUUGGGGACGGUGUGUGAUCCAUACAGGAGCUGCAGCAUCAGCGAGGACAAUGGACUUAGCACUGCAUUCACCAUCGCCCAUGAACUUGGCCAUGUGUUCAACAUGCCUCAUGACGACAGUAACAAGUGUAAGGAGGACGGAGUUAAGAUUCAACAACAUGUGAUGGCUCCCACACUUAACUACAACACAAACCCUUGGAUGUGGUCCAAGUGUAGCAGGAAGUACAUCACAGAGUUCCUCGACACAGGAUAUGGUGAGUGCUUGCUUGACGAGCCCGUUUCUAGGCCGUACAGUCUCUCGCAGCAGCUGCCUGGACGGAUAUACAAUGUCAAUAAACAGUGUGAAUUGAUAUUUGGGCCGGGAACGCAGGUGUGCCCUUAUAUGACCCAGUGUCGGAGGCUGUGGUGCACCAGUCCAGAGGGUGCCCAACGGGGCUGCAGGACCCAGCACAUGCCAUGGGCAGACGGCACUGACUGCUCCCCUGGAAAGCACUGCAAACACGGCCUGUGUAUAGCCAAAGAGCAUGACGCCACACCUGUGGAGGGGGCGUGGGGAGUUUGGAGUCCUUUUGGUACCUGUUCACGGACAUGCGGCGGGGGCAUCAAGAUCGCCGUGCGCGAAUGCAACCGACCCGUGCCAAGGAAUGGAGGAAUGUAUUGUGUGGGACGCCGAAUGAAGUUUCGUUCCUGUAACUCUGAACCCUGCUCAAAGCAGAAGAAGGACUUCAGGGAGGAGCAAUGUGCGGCUUUCGAUGGCAGGCAUUUCAACAUCAACGGUCUACCUCCUAAUGUUCGCUGGGUGCCCAAGUACAGCGGAAUCCUAAUGAAAGACAGGUGUAAGCUGUUCUGCAGGGUGGCAGGCAGUACGGCCUACUAUCAGCUCAGGGACAGGGUUAUUGAUGGCACACCGUGUGGACCCGAUACCAACGACAUCUGUGUCCAGGGCCUGUGCCGGCAAGCCGGCUGUGACCAUGUAUUGAACUCUAAAGCCAGGAGGGACAAGUGUGGUGUGUGCGGAGGUGACAACUCUUCCUGCAAAACUGUGGCAGGCACCUUCAACAUUGUCCGCUAUGGCUAUAAUGAAGUUGUGCGAAUACCCAGUGGUGCUACAAAUAUAGAUGUGCGUCAACACAGCUACUCAGGGAAACCGGAGGAUGACAACUACCUCGCCAUAUCAAAUAGCCGUGGAGAGUUCCUGCUUAAUGGAGAGUUUGUGGUCAGCAUGUUCAAAAGGGAAAUCAAAGUAGGAAGUGCUGUCAUCGAAUACAGUGGUUCUGACCAUGUCAUUGAGAGAAUCAACUGUACUGACCGCAUCGAGGAGGAGAUCAUUGUCCAGGUGCUGUCUGUGGGGAACCUUUACAACCCAGAUGUCAGGUACUCUUUUAACAUCCCCAUAGAGGACAAACCUCAGCAGUUCUUCUGGGAUGCCUAUGGGCCCUGGCAGGAGUGCAGCCGCCUGUGCCAAGGAGAGCGCAAGCGGAAGAUUCUCUGUAGUAGAGAGUCAGACAGGGUGGUGGUGUCAGACCAGAGGUGUCACGGUGCAGCUAGACCUGCUGUCAUCACUGAGCCAUGCAACACUGAAUGUGAACUCAGGUGGCAUGUGGCUCGUAAGAGUGAGUGCACAGCCCAGUGUGGCCUGGGUUAUCGUACCCUGGAGAUAUACUGUGCCAAAAUCAGCCGUACAGAUGGCAAGACCCAGAAGGUUGACGACCGCUACUGUAGCGGUCAGCACAAACCUGAUGAUAAGGAAGGUUGUCAUGGGGACUGUAACCCGGGUGGCUGGGAGUACUCGCCUUGGUCAGAGUGCUCCAAGAGCUGUGGUGGGGGCACCCGCCGUAGAGGGGCAGUGUGUCGAAAGGCAGCCGAAGCUGGCGGUGAUGAAAGCAAAUGCAGUCAAAGGGACAAGCUGACCGUCCAACCCUGCAAUGAAUUCCUCUGUCCACAAUGGAAGACUGGCGACUGGUCUGAGUGCCUGGUUACGUGCGGGAAAGGCUAUAAGCACCGCCAGACCUGGUGCCAGUUUGGUGAGGACCGUUUAGACGACGGCUUUUGUGGCUCAUCUAAACCUGAGUCUGUGCAGACGUGCCAGCAGCAGGAAUGUGCCUCUUGGCAGGUCGGACCUUGGGGACAGGACUGUGAAUUGGCCCAGUGUCCCAGCAGCCACCCUGUUCCCCCAGGGACCAAAGUCCCCUCCCACCAGGGCCACAAAACUCAGUGGCGGUUUGGUUCCUGGACCCAGUGUAGUGCCAGCUGUGGCAAAGGGACACGGAUGCGCUACGUGAGUUGCCGUGACAACCAGGGUGGUGUGGCAGAUGAGUCGGCGUGCGCGCACCUACCGAAGCCACCUGCCAGAGAAGUGUGCUCAGUAGUGGCCUGUGGACAGUGGAAAGUGCUGGAAUGGACAGUGUGCUCAGUAACCUGCGGCCAGGGGAAGACGACGCGGCAGGUACUGUGCGUCAACUUCAGUGACCAAGAAGUGAAUGCUAGUGAGUGUGACCCAGACGAUCGUCCUACCACAGAGCAGGACUGUGCUAUGUCUCAAUGCCCGUCCCGCUCCAGUGAGACCCGACCUUUCCCGUCCUCACCAAACGCCAGUGCCAGGAACAACCUGCCUCGUAGCCAAUCCCACCAAUGGCGGACUGGACCCUGGGGCGCGUGCUCCAGCACAUGUGCAGGAGGUUUCCAACGGCGUGUAGUAGUGUGCCAGGAUGAGAAUGGGUACCCUGCCAACAGCUGCGAGGAUCGCAGCCGGCCCAAUGAGCAGCGAUCCUGUGAGUCAGGGCCAUGUCCACAGUGGAUCUAUGGCAGCUGGGGAGAGUGCACCAAGCCAUGUGGAGGUGGAAUAAAGACGAGGCAAGUGGUGUGUCAGCGUCCAAACGGCGAGCGUUUCAAUGAUCUGAGCUGCGAGAUCCAUGACAAGCCACCAGAUCGCGAGCAGUGCAAUACUCAGCCGUGCCCGUCUAGCCCCCACUGGAUCACAGACCCAUGGAGCUCGUGCUCUGCCGCCUGUGGAAGAGGAUUCAAGUCCCGUAAAGUGAGCUGCGUGACCGGCUCUGGUCGCCCUGCCUCAGAGGAAAACUGCCAGUCUCUGUCCCCCAAACCCAGCAAGCAGAGGCGCUGCCGAGGUGGACGAUGUCCCAAGUGGAAGACUGGCAACUGGGGAGAGUGUUCAGCAUCGUGUGGUGACGGCGUCCAGCGUCGGGAGGUGUUCUGCCAGGUUGGAGACCGACGGAGCCCGCUGGAGAGCGGCUGCUCCCAGCGCUCCAGACCGGCGUCCAGCCAGAGCUGCCGGGUCGCUGACUGCCCCUCCCGGUACCGGUGGAGAGAAGGAGACUGGCAAACGGUAAGCUGACGAAGCCCUGUAUUAAUGCCUGUACAGGGGGAAAAAAACAUCGUAACCUGCGUGCUGAAACAAGAAGUUUCAGCUCUCUGUCUGCAACCGGACGACGAUGAUUUGCUCUGUCAUAUC